CACAAAGAAAAAUACCCACACAUUAAGAUGAAUCCACAUCCUGUACCAGAACACCUGGACAACAUGCCGACAAACAAUGGCAUCCCUUAUGGCAUGUCUGUGCCCAUAGAUGAGAACAAUUUUGAUGACACCAACCCAGUGCUGGGGCUUCCCUCGACAGGUCUCCAUCCACCAAUGCUCCAAGGAUUCAAGCCUUCAUAUGAUGUUCCAGUAGGUGGGGACCUCUACUCCCAGAGGCCUUCUUCAUCUGGCAGCGACGGUGCAUCCAUUUCUUCUGGCAUGUUCGGUCAGGAGAUGGCGGGACUGGAUCAAAGCAAAGAUUCCUCUGAUGCGCUGGCUGGAUUGCACCACAUAAACGGUAACAGUCUACUUGGCGAAAAUGGCUCUGGUACUGCGAAACUUCAGCAGAUGGUGGAUGGCUUGGAGACAAAGACAAAUGACCCUAAUGAAUGUGUUAUUUGCCAUAGAGUGCUGAGCUGCCAAAGUUCCCUCAAAAUGCAUUACCGCACACACACCGGUGAGCGACCGUAUAAAUGCAAAAUUUGUGGCAGGGCUUUCUCCACCAAGGGCAACCUUAAAGCUCAUUAUGGCGUUCACAGGGCCAACACUCCCCUUAAGAUGCAACACUCGUGCCCGAUUUGUCAUAAGAAGUAUACCAAUGCCGUCGUCCUCCAGCAGCAUAUUCGUAUGCACAUGGGCGGCCAGAUUCCCAACACCCCUCUGCCAGAGAAUCAGCUUGAAAGUCCUGAAGCACUGGAUGCUAGCAUGGCUGAGGAUAAGAACAUUGACUCCACUGGCCAUGAAGAGAGUAUGGAAGAGCAAGACUUGGAUUUGGACAAUCAAGAGAAGCUGAACAACUCUACAGAGCCCCAGCCUGGCGCCAAAGAAGAUCAGACUUUCCAAGGUCCACCUUCUAUGUUUACAGGCAUCGCCGCCCUGGAGAACCACAUGAAGAGCCUCACCUCUGCACUG